AGUAAGUUGUUUCGUACGACACACGCAUUGCACGACUAUUUGGCAUAUUAGUUGAAGAGGCGCCGUGCGGCCCUGCAUUACAUCGCUACACGCCGUCGCGUGCGCCUGAGACCCACAAACCUCUUGAAGAAGGAAUACGUGAAUCGUCAAAAUGUCGACUGCCAGCGUUCUUUUCACCGUGGGGACGACCUGGAACGUCUCCAGCGACAAGGUCGACAAAGGGCGUCUCACCAGGAACGGUCAGAAUCUCGCGGCUAUUACGGCGGAGACCGCAAAGGAACUUCGUGAGACGCCCGCCAUCAGGGACCAGACACUGCAGAUGAUGCGGGACUGGAUACAGAAAAACGGCGAUAUCAGAAAUGUACGACAAGACGAUAUUUUCUUGCUACGGUUUCUGCGAGUAAAAAAGUAUAGUAUUCCUGUAGCCCAACAAACUCUGCUGAAGUACCUGAACCUAAGGAAAUUCUACCCUGAAAUUUGUCAAAGACUUGACUGGCACGAGAAAAAACUACACGAUCUUAUUUGUUCUGGGUACGUGGCAAUUUCGCCAGUUCGGGACAGCAAGGGUCGUCGGGUCGUCGUUUACAACAUGAGUAAGUUCAAGCCUAAUGAGAUGACGUGUUGGGACAUGUGCCGGGCUCAUGCGGUGGUGUACGAGAGCCUGCUGGAAGACCCGACAUUCCAGGUCUGCGGAGUCACGCACGUGGGUGACGGCAGCGGAGUCACCAGUGGCCAUGUCACCUCUUGGAAUCCUACAGACUUUGCGAGGAUUAUUAAAUGGGGAGAGCAAUCGCUUCCCAUGAGGCAUAAGGAGUUCCACAUGAUCAACGUUCCGUCUGCAGUAAAAUACAUAAUUGAUUUCGCCGUAAGCAGAACAACUCCGAAAAUGGCGGCCAGACUUCACAUUCAUUCUAACAUAAACGAUCUGCACUUGAACAUAGACCCUUCAUGCCUACCAGUAGAAUUCGGAGGGGACAUUCCCAUGCAAGAUAUGAUUUCUUAUACGAAACAUUUUCUUGAAGAACAAAGGAACACUGUGAUCGCUUUGCAGGAUAUGCAACUUUUAAGUACACGGGGAAUCAUAACGUCUAGAAACACAAGAGACACUAAGGAUGGCGUGUCAACUGAAGGCAGUUUUAGAAAACUCGAAAUAGAUUAAGACACUUUCAUAGAAAACGGAACAAUUUAAGACAAUAUUAUUCCGAAUCCUAUGGAUACUUUCAAAUUGAUACUAAGGCCUUUUGUGUGAUAUUUCAGUAUUUUCUGGUAUUUAUGAAGGUAGUGGUUUUGUGAAAAUCCUGAUUGGUAGAAAUGUAGCAAGUAAGAGGUAGAUUUAUGAGAAA